CGUAACUAUGCAUACUGUAUAUAUAUUUAUCACUCUACAAAUCCUCGUGUUAAAAGGUUUCGGAACUGCAUUGGCACAAUCACCAUGCAACCUCUCUCCAUGCGAUGUUCUUGACAUUUUCACUAAGGGUCAAAAACCAGGCCAACCUGUCAAUACGGGCUGUGCUACAGAUCUUCACUGGCGGAAGCUAGACCGACGACUGCAGGCCAUUGAACAAUCGGUUUGGACCAUCAGCUUCGGACAAUCCCGAUGGCGUCAAUGUUCGAAGGCCCCAUGCAGAUGUGAUGCAACCCACCGCUCGCUGAAGUGUUGGCGAGCUGGCUUAACUUCUCUUUCUCCUGAUUUAAUUGUACCAGUUGAUUUAUACACCAUUGAUCUCGGUACAAAUAAACUUCGAACUUUGCACAAAACUACUUUCAAAGGAAUGCGCUCACUAACGGAAUUGGAUAUGUUUGACAAUAACAUGGAGUUUCUACCCUCUGGUAUUUUUGAUUCCCUCGUCAAGUUACGAAUUCUACGCUUGCAGAGGAAUUAUUUAGAGGAAAUCAAUAACGAUGCUUUCCGGUAUACAAAGAAGUUGUUUCAUGUUGAUUUAUCUAACAAUUUCUUGUACACACUUCCAGAGCGAUUAUUUGUGAACAAUUCUCACUUAGAAACAAUUGACAUUUCUAAUAACCAAAUUGUUUACAUACCAUCCUUUACGUUCAUUGGACUGGAGUCAUUGUUGAUUCUGGAUUUAUCAAAAAAUAAAAUCCAGCAAAUAGAAAAUGGAACCUUUUUGUUAAAGAGUCUCCAAAUAUUAAAACUAUCAGAUAACAAGAUCAGUAAUAUCACAGAAAAUGCAUUCGAAAAUCUCUCGUCUCUCGAGACAUUGCUAUUGGACAAAAACAAUUUGUUGAAUAUACCUAGCAAUUUAUUCUGCAAUCUUUAUUGUUUGACCUUUUUGGAUCUAUCUAAUAAUAAUAUAAUAAGCUUGACAGGUCUCGAAUUCCAAAACUUGAAGCAACUCCGAAACUUGAAUUUAAAAGGCAACCAUAUAUCAGAUAUUCCGGACGACAUAUUCGCCAACUGCUCAAGUUUAGAGAAACUGGAUUUAUCUAAAAACAAAUUACGCUUCUUGAAUAUCUCAGCAUUUCAUGGCUUGCAAAAUCUUACAUCUCUAAUACUAUCUGACAAUCAGAUAUACGAGGUGCAUUUGAAAACGUUUUCGACUUUGAAGAAUCUCACAACAUUAUAUCUGGAUAAUAACAUGUUCCCUUCGUUGCCAUCUCGAACCCUCGACUACCUGCCAAAACUUGCCAAUGUCAAACUAUCUAACAAUCCCUGGCACUGCGACUGCCAUGCACUCUACGUGUCUGCGUGGGUCCGUUUAAAUGAAAUGAAAAUAUGGGACUAUUCUCCUACAUGCGUAUCGCCAUGGUACCUUGAAGGUCAUUUUCUUAAGAAACUCAAAUUUCCCGAGCUGUGCUCUGGUCAAUGGGCCAGUAUGGUGAACCUCUCUCCUAGGCUUCCAAUGCAACAAUUAUUGUCACUUAAUGUUAGCGUAAACCGAAAACCGCAGGAGAGCAUGGAGCAAAUCGACGUUGACAUGGACGAUUGGAAAAAAUAAAGAAUUUUUGAAC